AUGCAAACGGCGGCGAUUCGCCCGAAGCGCCGGUCGCUCGUGAUCGCUUUGCAAGCAUCUUUCAAGGUGAGCUCGACGUUUCCAUCCCAAGAUGAUAAACCACGCGAACCACAGGCGUUCGGCAAGUUGAAGUCCAUCAUUGCCGCCGAGCUCAAGCACCUCGCCAAGCACGAAAAGCUAUUGAAUGCAACGUGCGCGUGGAAAGCCGAGCUGCUGCGGCCACUGUCGGCGCCGCGCAUCCGCAUCCAAACCAUGUCAAAAGCGCGCGUCUUCGGCGUCCUCGCCGUCUACUACAUCGUCACGGUCGUCCUCGUCUUCACGAUCGUCCUGGACCGCACCUCGAGCACGUUUGCGACGCCGCCCGUGACGGCCGUCUCGUCCGCGCUGCUCGAAGUGUCGCCGACGACGGAGACGAUCAGUCUCGACAUCAUGUCAAGCUCGUUGGCCUACCUCGAUGCGAUCCUUAUAAACGCAACAACUGGACUCGGCAACAUUACCAUCUUUGCCUUCCCCGACACGCCGUCGCAGACGCAAGUGAUUCCGUUCGAGAGUCUCAACUGGUCGCCCAGCAGCAGCCAGUCGAUUGCGUCGUCGCCCUUUCCGAUCGCAUACCGCGUGCUGUACCGGCUCAAGGUCGACCUGUACAGCAGCGUGUUUAUCAACGUCUCAAUGAGCGAUACAGCUCCCUUCACCGUCCACGCUCGGACGGGGUACACGGCGCUGUACAUGAUGACGAUCGUCGGCUCGCUCGUGACGGUCAUCAACAUCUCGUGUGGAAUCUACUUUCGCAUGCGCAUCCGAGCGGUUGCCAUCCCGGGGCAGACGCUGCCGCAGUGGGACUGGGUCCAACUGCAUCUUUUGGCACUCUUGCUCUGGAGCUGUGUCCCAUACGAAGUCGCGGUCUACAAGGCCGUCACAGACGGCUUGACCGUCGACGAGACCUUCCGUCAGAUCGCAUUUUGGGUGCGGCUUCUCGGCAAGAACGGGUGUCGGCUCGCGGUGCUGCUCUUCUGCGACGGCAUGGCGACCACCAACCCAAGUCGCACGUUGCGAUUCUACACCAAGAAGGUGGUUGCGGUCGCGGCCCUCACGGUUGUCCAAGGCGCCAGUCAGAUCGCGUCGUCGCCGUCGUUCAUCAUCGCGCUCUUGUACUUGAACACGUGGCUCGAGUUUUUCGUGCAGUGUGUCAUGGUGCUCUGGCUCGCAUACCGCCGAGGGCAGCGCGUGCGUCGCCAGCCGUACCGCAGCGCGACGUUCGAGUACACGACGUACGGCGUCAUUUCGAUCUUGGUCGUGCAGUUUGCGAUCGCGUCGGCCUACAGUCUCAUCCGCCGCUUGGCGGUUGUCGGCGCGUCGAGUCCGACCGAUUCGAGCACCUCCGUGCCCAACGCACAGCAAGCGCUUACGCUCGCGGGCCUCAUUCGCGAUCAAAUGUUUGCGUGGAUCGUCCUCAUCUGCUACCUCCCAUUGCCGCCCUCGUCGAGCGUUCUCGACGAAACCUCGACGGCGUUCUCCCUCACCGAGGCGUCGUCGCCGUCGCCGUCCGUCUUUUGCCUCGAGACAGCGGUGACGAUGCUCAACCUCUCGGUGGCUAGUUACUACACCUCGCACUUGCACCGCCGCCACUCGCCGUCCUCUUGUGGGCACCUCGGCAAAGACAUUCCGGACCUCGACGUCCUCGACUGCACGCUCCUCGCUGCCUUUCACGACGCCCCGACCGACACCAACGGCGUGCUUGUCUACGAAGAGCGCAAGGAGCGCUACGUGCUCGCUUUCCGGGGCACUGGUAGCAUCAAGAACGCCGCGACGGACCUCAAGUCGCGCCAGAUUCGGCUGCCCGGCACGGCCUACGCAUCGGAGAAGAUCCGAAAACGCACCAAGGGUAAAGGCACCCGGCACUUUGUGCAAGUGCACUCGGGCUUUUACCACGCGUACGUGACGCUGGAGCGGUAUCUGCACGCGGCGAUUGGCAAGAUUCCGGACGAGAGCGUCGUC